UUUUUUAAAGGAAAAAGGGUGUAGUUUGUGGCCUUGUGGGUGGUGAUUAUUAUUUAUUAAUUUAUUUUUAAAAUUUUAAGGGUGGUUAUGUAAUAUGAAAAAAAGGUGGUAAAAUCAAUUUUAAGUGAUUUAAAUUUACAAUUUUUCCUAUUAAAAAUUAAAGAUAUUAUCAAUUAAAGUUUUGUAUUGACAUACGUAAUUAAGAGAAGCGUUUCACUUAUUUAAAUAAAGAGGGAGUCUUAGGUAGUGCCAUUACUGUGGCAUCCAUUUAAUAAUGUCCAAAAUGACGGCUCUUCUGUAAUUAUUGAGUGGAGAGUUUGUUACAAAAAAUAUUUAAAAAUAAGGAAAGAAACAAAAUAAAACAACCAACCAAAGAAGAAGAUUAGCCUAUUCUAUAACAUAUUUUAUUCAGAUUGCUCAAUUAUCAAAAAAGAGGAGAGAGAAAAAAUGGGAAAAGAUGAAUACUUUCCUCUGUUUGAGACGAAGCAAGCAAAGGGAAGAUUGGUUUACAGGGUAUUUGCAACAUCUAUAUUUGUUGCAAUUUGUGUAAUUUUGAUAUAUAGAGGUGCUUACUUACCCAACAAAAAUGGGGAGGGAAGAUUGGGUUGGGUUCUUUUGUUUAUGGCUGAAAUUUGGUUUACUUUUUAUUGGAUUCUUUCUCAACUUCUUCGAUGGAAUUGCAUCUAUCGUUAUUCUUUCAAAGAUAGACUCUCCAAAAGGUAUGAGAAUGACUUGCCUAAGGUGGACAUAUUCGUAUGCACAGCGGACCCAUUAAUCGAGCCACCACUAAUGGUGAUCAACACUGUUUUAUCGGUCUUGGCCUACGAUUACCCACCGGAAAAGCUCAGCAUCUACUUAUCCGAUGAUGGUGGCUCGGUUUUCACAUUUUAUGCUCUUUUUGAGGCCUCCCAUUUUUCUAAGAAUUGGCUACCUUAUUGCAAAAAGUACAAGGUUGAACCAAGGUCACCUGCUGCUUAUUUUAGAUCAAUGCCUAAACCUUUUGAUGCUACUCAUUCUAGCCAUUUGGCAUCUAUCAAGAAAUUGUAUGAAGAGAUGCGAAACAGAGUUGAGACGGCAACAAACCUUUGUCAAAUUCCAGAAGAAGUACGCGAUCAACACAAAGGAUUUUCUAUAUGGGAUGAUGGCUAUACUUCUAAACAUGAUCAUGAUACCAUUCUUAAGAUAUUGGUUGAUGGAAGAAAUAAAGAGGCAGUAGAUGUCGAAGGUUAUCGAUUGCCCACACUUGUUUACUUAGCUCGUGAAAAGAGGCCUCAAUAUCUACACAACUUCAAAGCUGGAGCUAUGAAUUCAUUGCUAAGGGUAUCAUCAGAAAUAAGCAAUGGAGCGGUAAUCCUCAACGUUGAUUGUGACAUGUAUUCGAAUAACUCACAGUCUAUUCGCGAUGCACUCUGUUUCUUCAUGGAUGAGAAGAAAAGCCAGGACAUUGGGUUUGUACAAUUUCCACAAAACUUUGAAAAUACUACUAAGAAUGAUAUAUAUGGUUCAACCCUUCAAGUUAUCAGUCAAGUCGAAUUUCAUGGUUUGGAUGGCUUAGGAGGGCCAUUAUAUGUCGGAACUGGCUGCUUCCAUCAAAGAGAAAUAUUAUGUGGAAGGAAGUACUCUAAGGAUUACAAGAUCGAUUGGAAGACCUCGAAAAUGGAUGGAACAAUCUUCGAGUUGGAAGAAAGAGCAAAAUCACUUGCUAGCUGUGUAUAUGAGCUGAACUCUCAAUGGGGAAAAGAGCGGGGAUUGAAAUAUGGGUGUCCAGUUGAAGAUGUAAUAACCGGGUUGGCAAUCCAAUGUCGAGGAUGGAAAUCAAUAUACUUGAAUCCGAAAAGAAGUGUUUUUUUAGGUUUAGCAGCCACAACUUUAGAAGAUACACUAGUGCAACAUAAAAGAUGGAGUGAAGGUGAUCUUCAAAUCAUGCUAACACAUUGUCCUUUAUGGUACGGCCAUAAAAGGAUCCACCUAGGCCUUCAAUUGGGCUAUUGUCACUACUGUUUUUGGGCAGUCAACUCCCUUGCAACCUUGUGUUAUUGUACCGUCCCUUCUCUAUACAUGCUCGGAGGCAUUUCCGUGUUUCCUAAGUUAUCAAGUUCAUGGUUUCUUCCAUUUGCCUAUGUUAUCAUUGCCACGUACACGUACAAUUUAAUAGAAUUCGUACACACCGGAGGUACGGUUUUAGGGUGGUGGAAUGAACUAAGGAUUUGGCUCUAUAAGCGAACAUCAUCAUACUUGUUUGCCCUCGUUGACACGAUUUUGAAACUCAUUGGGUUUUCGGAAAUGAAAUUUGUGAUCACCAACAAGGUGACCGAUGAAGAUGUGUAUCAAAGAUAUGAGAAAGAGAUUAUGGAAUUUGGAGCCCCUUCUCCCAUGUUCACUUUGCUAACUUCUCUUGCAUUGAUAAAUUUAUUUACUUUUGUUGUCUUAAUAAAAAAUUUGUUAGAACGAAAAGAGAUGAGAUUGAUGAUUGAGGGAUUAAGCUUGCAAAUUUUGCUAUGUAGUGUGUUGGUUUUAAUCAAUUUUCCGUUGUUUAAAGCUGUUUUUAUUAGGAAAGACAAAGGCAAGAUGCCAAAUUCUGUGACUAUGAAAGCAAUAGUUGUAUCUUUUAUUAUUGUACUUUAUUUUUGUCAUUAGGACCUUUAAUUUAUAGAUUGAUUUGAUAAAACUGGUUGUAAUUUAAGAGAAGAAUAAAAGGAGAAAUAGUACAUUUGACUCGUCUUUUGGGUGAUAUAUGACUUAGCCUUUA